AUGUUGUUCAAAUCCAUUACUUGUAUCCUUGCAGCACUUGCCGUUGCGGAAGCGACACCAAGCAGACGCUGCCAGUACAACACACUCGAGCAAUACGACAUCGAGAAUGUGACAGCGAUUGAUAUUGGAGAGGAUCCAUUGAUUCCUUUUUCAUCUCCGAAACUCUCUGCAGUCAACCAAACUGCCUGGGAGUUCUGGUUUUUCGACUCCACAACCGAAGAUGGAGACGCUGGAAUUUCGUUCGCAUUCUGGCGAGAUAACUCUCACGUGGGAAUAGAGAACCCCCCAUUAGGAGUUUUGAGGCUCCAAACGCAAGUUGUCUUUCCCAAUGGCACCCACUGGAUCGAGACUUCCUGGGUGACGGACAACACCAUUUCAGUAUGCAAGGAUGCAACGACUGGUGUGUGGAACAAGACCGGAUCCACAUAUUCCUUCAAGACAUCCACCGAUCUCAAGCACACCACCAUCACUCUUGACUCGCCGACUUUAAGUGGGACAUACACUCUUACUGCCACAGCGCCAGGCAUUUACGCAGAUGGAAAUUUGUGGCCAUCACGACGGGCUACUGCCAAAGUUAUGCCCUAUGUCUACUGGGAUGCCUCUGUUCCGUCCGGAAAAGUCAAGGUUGAUAUCAACGUCGCCGGCACACAGCUCAAGUUCACUGGCAUCGGCGGUCACGACAGGAACUGGGCAUCCUUCCCACUUGUUCAAACCGCCCUAGGCUGGCAAGAGUCACGUGUGAAUGCCGGUCCCUACACCUUGGUCUUCUGGUUGAUCGGAUCCCAAGUUGAUGGCAAGACAUACCUGGCCUCCACCAUUAUCAAAUCCAACAAGGUGAUUUUCAAGUCACAAUCGUUCACUGCGGCGAAGAACACGGAUUACAUGCUUUUCUCACAAACGCACGUGAACGAUACAAGCACUCCUUUCGAUCCGACGAAAGCCCGCACUACCUUCCAUCUUGACUUUGUUUCCGCUUCCAAGAAGAAGGAAUGGAAAUUCGACGUUGACUUUGCGGAUCCCGAGUGGGCAAUUCAGGACCGUGGGUUUGGAGGUAUCAUUCCAGCUAGCGUGACUGGUGGAGAGGUCGGCUGCAAGCAGUACUCUGGUGUCGGAACUGCAAUGCAUGCUGAAUUUGCCCCAGACUGGGUCUAA